AUGAUUGCUUCACUUAUCAUAAUAGUGUUCAUCACAUACGCCAUUGUAUCGUUGUGGCCAUGGUUGUAUUCCAAGUAUAGAAUUUAUUCAGCUCUUCGUAAAAUGCAAGGCCCGAAACCUCACUGGAUUACUGGUAAUGUUAGUGAUUUCGAUGGCAGUUUCUCACAAUCACUGUUGAAAAUAGAUAGGCAAUACUCACGUAAAUAUGCGUUAUAUUAUGGUAUAUGGCAUCCAGUACUUGCCAUCAAUCAUCCAGAUACAAUUAGAAUGGCUCUCAAAAAGCCCUUUUCCAAAGAUACUGACGCUAUGAAGUAUGUUCGAGAUUGGACUGGUGAUGGAAUAUUAACCUCUAACGGGGCAUUAUGGGCGAGAAAUCGGCGUCUUUUAACACCAGCAUUCCAUUUCGAUGUUCUUCGAUCUUAUGUUAGCAUUUACAACGAAUGCACAGAUAUUCUUAUUGAGAAAUGGAAAAAUAAUUGUGGAAAAUGUAUCGAAAUUUUCGACGAUAUGAGUAGGCUAACAUUCGAUGUCUUGCUUCGCUGUGCAUUUUCAGCCAACUUGAAUCUACAAACAUCUGAGAAAAGACACCCCUUUCUUUUGGCAACAGAUGAAAAUUCAUAUAUAGUCGAAGAACGUUUCGUCAACUUAAUUUAUUCGAUCACUUCUACCUUUAAGCUCACUGCCAAAGGUCGUCAAUAUUUUAAGAAUACAGAAUUUAGUCGAAAAUUUGCUAAAGAGAUCUUAAUGGACAGAAGGAAACAGAUCCAGACGGGCCAAGCUGAUACUAGCAAUAAAAAGUAUCUCGAUUUCUUAGAUAUUAUGUUGCAAGCCAAAGAUUCAUCUGGUAAUGGGUUGACAGACGAUGAAAUAGUAGCAGAGGCUAUCACAUUUUUAUUUGCUGGUCAUGAUACUACAGCUUCUACCAUUUCGUUUGCGCUAUUUAGCCUGGCAAAACAUCCAGAAUAUCAACAGAAAAUUCGAGAAGAGUAUGAACAAGUGUUAAAUGGCAAAGACGAACUGUCAUGGGGUGAUUUAGCAGGAUUACAGUUCACUACUAUGUGCAUUAAAGAGACAUUAAGAAUACAUCCUCCAGUAUGUAUUUUGGGUCGUGGUUUAUGUGAGGAUACUGAGAUUGAUGGUCAGGUGUUUCCUAAAGGUCUUGAAUUAGAACUACAAUUAUAUUGCAUUCAUCAUAAUCCUGAGUUUUGGCCUGAUCCAUGGACUUUCAAUCCAUUGCGAUUUACACAAGAAGAAAUUAAUAAGCGAGAUCCCUAUACUUUUUUCCCAUUUGCACUUGGAAGUAGAAAUUGUAUUGGGCAAAAUUUUGCAAUGAAUGAAGCCAAGGUUACAUUAGCCAAAUUAGUCCAUCAGUUUGAAUUUAGUGAAGCUGAAAAUCACCCUCUCGAUCAUUUAAUCUCGUCCGUAUUACGUAACGUUGGCGGUACUUGGGUCCAAUUGAAGGAUAGAAAUCCGUAA